UGCACCUAUACAUAGAAUUUUACUAUCUGCGUUGUUUAUCAAAGGAUUUGUACUAUAUUGUCUGAUCAUAGUCUGAGUUAGUUGUCAAACAUAUUCGAAUGUCAGCUGUACAUAUGUAAUCGAUUACUAAUGCUAAAAAAUUAAUUUUCUAAUUUCUGGAUUUGUAAAGAAAUUAGCAAUAAAAAAGUUUACUUCUUAAACGUCAAAAUGCACGACGCUUAUGAAGAAACCUUAAUAUUAAAUAUUUCUGUUCAAAUAGAAUCUAUGGCUGCGUACGAUGACAAUUUACUGAUUGGAACAAGAGAGGGUCAUCUUCUUAUGUAUAAUGUACCAUCUGUAUUAGAUGACAAUCACAAAUUAGAAUUGUUACGUCAUAGUAAAAACUUCAAUAAAAAGCGUAUCACUCAGAUAGAUGUUGUACCAGAGUAUAACUUGCUUAUAAUUUUAACAGAUAAUAUAGUAUGUAUUCAUGAUUUAAACUCUCCAAACUUUCAACAACUUUAUCAAUUACAAAAGACUCGUGGUGCCACAUUAUUUGCUUUAGAUAUAAAACCAAAUCAAAUCGUAAAUGGUGAAAAUCAAACAGUUGUGCACUUAUGUGUUGCUGUGAAACGUAAGCUACAAUUAUAUAACUCAAGAGGAAAAAAAUUUGAGACAUUUAAUGGUUUUGAAUUAACUGUGCCAGAUAUUCCACGUGAAUUAUGUUGGUGUGGUGAAACAUUAAUUUUGGGUUUUCGUGGAUUAUCAUACACAACUUUGAAUUUAAAUGGAAAAACCAAAGAAUUAUUUCCAACUGGAAAAUCUCCUGAACCAAGUGUUACAAAAUUGUCUGAUAAUUCCUUUGUACUAGGAAAAGACUCUCAAUCAUUUGUUAUGGAUACCAGAGGAGAACUGAUUCAACAUAAUCCAGUAAAAUGGUCUGAUACACCAAGUGCAUUAGCUUGGGAUGAUCCUUAUUUACUUGGAAUUGUUCAUGACAGAUUAGAAGUAUAUACUAUAGAGGGUUGUCUGCAUAUUCAAACAAUAAAAGAUCUAAACAAAGCUAGGCUUAUAUACAGAUGCAAACAAGGGAAAGUUUUUGUAGCAUCAAUUAGUCAUGUUUGGUGUGUGAGAGCAGUUGAUGUAACACAUCAAAUUAGAACAUUACUAGAGCAAACUCAGUUUCAGUUAGCAAUAAAAUUAACUAGCUUAUCCGAUAUAACAGAAGAAGAAAAACAUAAACAAAUAUAUAAAAUUCAAACAUUGUAUGCUCAUCAUCUGUUUCGUAACAAAAGAUUUCAAGAAGCAAUGGAUCAGUUCUUAAAAAUAGGAACAGAUCCUUAUGAAGUGAUAAUGUUAUUUCCUGAUUUAGUUACACCAUCUAGCAGUAAUCCUGAAGUCAGUGAUCCAACUUUGCCUAAGCUCCAAGACCAUGAUUUAGAAAAAGGUCUACGUGCAUUAAUAAUUUUUCUUACUGAAGUUAGAUAUAAGUUAAUGGGCGGUAAUGCAAAAUCCAAGGAUAAGGAUAACAAUGAGGAAAAAUCUGUAGUGAAUGGAAAAAAGAAUAUGACAGCAGUAGCUACAGAACAAUUAUUAAAGAUUAUAGACACAACUCUGUUAAAAUGUUAUCUACAGACUACUGAUGCAUUGGUAGCACCAUUACUCAGAUUAAAUCAUUGUCAUUUAGCAGAAGCUGAAAAAACUUUAUUAAUGCAUCAAAAAUAUCCUGAACUUAUUAUAUUAUAUCAAACCAAGGGACAACAUAGAAAAGCAUUGGAGCUUCUGGAAAAGCAUGCAAAAGAGAAUGAUUCUAGUCUAAAAGGCACUGCGAGAACGAUACAAUAUUUGCAGCAACUUGGUAAAGAUCAUAUGGAUUUAAUUUUGAAGUUUGCUGGUUGGGUUUUGAAUGAAGAUCCAGAACAAGGACUUCGAAUUUUCAUGGAAGAUAUGCAGCAAGUUGAACUAUUACCAAGACCGAAGGUAUUGGAUUAUCUUCUAUGUCAUCACAAAGAUUUAGUGAUAACAUAUUUGGAAUAUGUAGUACAUGUUUGGGAAGAUACUAAUCCUUUGUUCCAUAAUGUUUUAAUACAUCAAUACAAAGAAAAAUGUUUAGCGUGUAUGAGUGAAAAUGCUACACCAGCCGAAAAACAAACAGCCCAACAUAUAAGACAAAAAUUGCAACAGUUUUUAGAAAAAUCUACGCAUUAUACUCCUGAAACGAUAUUAGUACAUUUUCCAUUUGAUAAUUUGUUCGAGGAGCGUGCUAUUAUUCUUGGAAGACUUGGACGUCAUCAGCAAGCUAUUUCAAUAUAUAUUAGUCUUCUUAAUGAUAUAGCAAAAGCAACUGAGUAUUGUUAUAACGUAUAUACUAGAUAUCAAAAUCAAGAAAUUGUAGAUAAACAAAAACAAUCCGAUGGAGCUGAUGAAGUCUAUGUAAUGCUUAUUCAACAAUUGUUGAAACCCGACGAUAAAGGAGUUUUAAUCACAGGAUGUAUCCCAGAAAUGCAAAGAACAACAGAGCCUGAUUUGGAAAUGGCACUUGAGCUGCUUGAGAAGCAUGCAUCAAAGAUAAAUCCACUAAAGGCAUUAGAGCUUCUGCCUGAUACAGUUCCUAUAGGUAGAAUCAAGUACUUUUUAGAAGUCAGUUUGCAGGAAAAAUUAAACACUGCAAGAAGGAUACAAGUAUUAAAAGGAUUACUUUACGCUGAACUCUUGCAAGUACAAGAGCAGCGUAUGCAUUAUGAAUCACAGAGCGUUCUUAUGACGGAAUUCAAUAUAUGUCCAGUGUGUAAAAAGAGAUUCGGCAAUCAGAGUGCGUUUGCGAGGUAUCCGAAUGGCGAUAUUGUACAUUAUUCGUGUCAAGAUCGUAAGGCAUAAGCUAUAUCUAGUUAAAAAAUGUAUUUAUAUUAAUUAUUAAGUGAUGUAAAAUGUACAUUGUGACGUCCUUCUGCUUAUAAUAUGUAUAUAAAUGUAUACAUUUUCCAUUUACCUUUCUAUUUAUAUUUGCUGUGAUCUGCUUUUAAAUUUAUUUUUUAUUGUAAUACCAUUUAAUAUUUUUAUCUUUAAGAAGAAAUGUCAAAAAAUUAAUUUAAUUACAUUAUAUAUACAUACAUGUUAUUUUCAAGACACAAUUAUAAACAAUUAAAGAAAUAUUAUUUUUCAAUUCUUCAAUUUCAAACGUUUGAAAAAUAUCAAAUAAAGAUGUUCCAAUAAUUAAUUUUGAAUUAGGGAAUGAUGAAACGUAACGAAAGAACGAAUGCGAUUAUUUAUACUGUACAUGUAUGUUUUACUCUUUUAUUUAGAACUUUCUGCUAUAUUUAAUAUUUCUUGAAUAUUCAAAAUAAAUUUUCUCUCGUAAUUGAAUGGUUGUCAUAUAAAUUUUCGUAAUAAUGUGUAACGGAGAGGAUGGGGCGUGCCCGGUCCAGAAUAUGGGUAAACGGGACUAGUGAUGUCAUAAGCUAUCUUGUAUUCCUACGCCGGCUGUUACAAGGCAGGUACGGUACCGAUACAAGUGCACUUGUAAACGUUUUAAUCAUAUAAAUUUGUGCAAUAAAAGGUCAAAUGUA